AUGAGUCGCAUGCGUCGGAACGUGGUGUUUUUGUCGCCGACACCACCACCCAGCCGUGUAAAGCGGUCGUUUGAGCUGCAGGUAGAACUUUCUGAGAAAAAACUAUCCUCGAUUUCUUCUGGGUUCUCUCGCAUUUGUCAGCCCCAGCUGCCCAAUCGCAAAUUUCCCGCAGCAGCCGGCGACAGUCUGGUGUUCUGCAAGCAGUACCCCGCGCGCAACCCGAGCAAGUGCCCCGCCGUGCAGCCAAUGAGCAGUCUCAACGUGGCGCGGCUGAAGGGGCGGUGGUACGAGGUGGCGGCGUCGUCGGCGCACAAGUUCACGGCGGAGCUCGGCGCGGCGUGCACCGCCUUCGAGUUCGAAGUCGCGCCCAAGCAGAACGGCCUCAACGCCAUGCGCGUCACGCGGCGACUCGUCGAGGCGGUGGGUCCCGUGCGCGCAACGCAGGUCGGCACCAUCGCCUCCGCCUCCCUCCGCUCGGCGCGCAACCUGCGCGGAGUGUGCUCCGCUAUCGCCGGCCAGAAGCUCCCCACGGAGCUCUCGUACGCGUCGCUCGUCAACCAGGCGAAACUUGGUCUGCCGGCCGCCGGCUUGGACGGCAAAACUGCCGGCCAGACGUCCACCAGCCUCUCCGUCAUCUCCGCGUCGCUAGGCCAGAUCUCCGCGCAAGCCGGCGCGAUUCACGCGAGGCUCGCUCGCAUCCAGACGGAUCUCGCGCCGGUGAAUCAGGUCGACCGGCUGCCGAGUCUCAGCGCCCUGCGGAGCAGGAUCGGUAAUACAACGGAGGCGAUCCGACGGUCGGUGCGCGCGAUCCAACGGUCGAGAGGGAGGAUCUUGAAGCAGGCUGAUGCGGUUGGGCGUUAUGAACCGCCAGGCGUCCGCUGUGGGCACGCUAGCCGUGCCCGCCACUCACACCUUCUUUCUCUUCGUGCCCUCGCCCCUCCCUCCCCUCAGCUACUGAACGCCACGCUCGCCCUGCAGCGUCAGGCUUCCGCCGUGGGCACUCUAGCCGUCUCCGCAGCCAAGAUCGGCCUCCUCUCCUCCCUCGCCACUCCCGCCGCCGCCACGCUCUUCGAGUCGCCCGUCAACCUCACCCAGGCCGUGAGCAUGCGAGGCACGCUGGUGCAGGGCAAGCAGGGCGACGGCAGCAUUGCAAUGAAGUUUGGAGGGGAUGCUGCUGUGAGAUACUCGGUCGUGCAUGCCACGCCGGGAUUCGAUUUGGUUGUGCUGUAUGGGUGCUCUGCGGCGAACCGAGCCAAGCUCGCAGCCACGGAAGGACAGGCUAAGGUGUUGGUGCUGGCAAGGCAUCGGACAGGGUCUGCCAGUGAGCUCUCAUCUGUGGAGGCAGUGUUGCAGGCAAGAGGUGUCGUGCUGGGUGGCGCUGCGAAUGUGCUGGUUACCACUGACCAGUCAUGCCUCUCUUCACAUGUGUGUCUCCUCCCUCCCACCCACCCUGCAGGCCAAGUGCUGUCUGGUGCAGUACUGUCUGGUGCAGUACUGUCUGGUGCAGUGCUGUCUGGUGCAGUACUGUCUGGUGCAGUGCUGUCUGGUGCAGUACUGUCUGGUGCAGUGCUGUCUGGUGCAGUACUGUCUGGUGCAGUGCUGUCUGGUGCAGUACUGUCUGGUGCAGUGCUGUCUGGUGCAGUACUGUCUGGUGCAGUGCUAUCUGGUGCAGAGUGCCUGCAGCUGUGA